CUUAUUUAUCUGCACGUAUGUGAAGCUCAGUUGCCUGGUCUUGAGAAUGGUGUUUCGGCCCAUGGCCUGGCGCGCCAAGAAAUCUCUACCUAUUUUGCUGUAAAACUCUUGCAAUCAACACAAGUGAAUCACUAUACUAGUACUCUACGGCAUCCAGGACCGCGCAACACCUCGUCGCUAUUUACUUGCGUGGUCGCUCGCUCGCCACGCGUUGCUGCUAUCGCCCGCGAGCGCCCCGCGGCAGCACUAGCGACAGAGACGGCACAUGUGCAGCUGAGAUUCGCACGCGCUUUGUAUCCCUGCUAUGGAGUCCCGCGUCAUCAAUGUCGGGGCUGGUGCGCGCGCGUCGUUGCGCGCGUGCGGGCCUGCCUGUGCGCUCGGACACCGCGUGUGGCCUGUCAGGGCGCGCAUCGGCUCUUCCAAUAAUGCAGCUCGGCGCCUGACCUGCGGUCUCGCGCCAACGGCACGUCGGUUGCACCAGGCGCGCGCCCUGCCCGGCGGGGAGUCGGGGUCGACCACCACCACGGUGCUCGAGGCCCCGCCCGCGACCCCUCGCACCCACAUGCUGGAGGAGCAGGGCAGCCACGCCUCAUACGACGACGAUGACGACGAGGACCUUGAGCUGCAGCACGAGCAGGAGCGCCAACAGCGGCCGGAGGUGGCGUUCGUGUCCCUUGUGGACGGCAAAUACACGGUCCGCGGGCGGCUUCUGUUGCGCGCUCCCGCCAGCGAGGCGUACGAGCUGCUUACGGACUAUGCGGGUUGUCACCGGGUGUUCUCCAACAUCGCAGCCAGCGACGUGGUGGUGGGGCCGGACGGCGGCAAGCGGGUGGAGCAGAUCUGCCGCUGGCGGUUCCUGGCCUUCUCGGGCACCUUCAAGGUGCAGCUGGGGGUGGUGGAGGACGACGCCGCCCGCACCCUGCUCUUCAACCUGGUGCACUCCAACUUCAUGUCCGACUUCGAGGGCCGCUGGGCGGUGGCGCCCGCAGCGGCUCCGCCCGGCGCGCCGCCGGGCGAGCAGUGGUGCGAGGUGCAGCACACGCUGGCGGUGGUGCCGGCGGUGCAGGUGCCGGCGCCAGUGGCCGGCUACACUCGCUUCAUCUUCGUGAAGCAGGUGGAGGGCAUCCUGUUGGACCUGCAGCGCGGGCUGCCGCGGUGGCGGGCGGAGCGCAGCUGAGCGACGGCCGGCCAGGAGGAGGAGCCCAGCAGGCCCGGACAAGCCGCUAUGGGAGCAACGCCCUGCAAGACAGCAGCGUGCGGCGGCGGCGCGAGCGCGCGAAGCAGUGCCGGCGAAGUAGCAAGGCGGUUUGCAGUCUGUUGUCUUGGGCGGGGCUUGGCUGUGCGGGGCACUGGGGCUCAUCUGCAUGGGCUGGACUACUAGGCGUGCCAGGUGGGUGCGUGUGGCUCAGGAGGGCCUGGGCAAGAUGGAUUUGAAGACAUAUGUACGCGGUAUGUGUGGGCGGGCGGUGCCUCCAGAAGCUUUGUGUGGAGGCUUGACGCCGGUGCGUUUGGGCGAAAGUGAUGUCUGUCCUUGUCAAUCCGUGUACCAUACAUUCCAUGGUAAUAAAGGAGUUCGAUGGCAAAUUGUUCAGCGGCCUGUGUAAUGGCAGCCUCUGGAGAAAGUAGUCGGGGGGCGUAGCACUGCGGACCGUCACCACACAUCCAUAAGAUGUCAGAUGCAGUGUGGUCUCUGUAGGCAGCGUGCCGAGAGAGUUUCAUUGAUGCCGCACGGCAACUGCAUUUUUGCGUGAUGAGUAGGUGGUGCGUGCGCGUGAUGUGCAGGAUGAUGGUACUGAUUAGGUAGGCAAAGGCGCACGCCGUUUAGGUGUCACAGGAGAGACAAGGAAAGUGGCUCUCCCUCUCAUGGGAAAAAUAUGGGCUGCACCCACGCCACGUUGGUGCAUGUCUGAGGCCACAGGAGAGACAAGUACAGACUGCACGGUACGGUAUGAUAAUUGCAAGUGCACGACAAAAGCAUGGCGAAACAGGGUUAGUGCAUCGGGCUGGACAGGGUCCCCGGUCUGGCGAUGCGGCGAACCGGCGACGCCAUGACACGGCUUCGCGACGAUUGCUGUGACGCGGACUGUGUGGCGGGUUUCGAUUUUCGAUGUGGGGCCUAUAGCAGUGUUAUCACCGACAGUGUGUGUUAUGGCGCAGCGAGUGAGCGUUACAUGGAGCAAGGAAUCUUCACGUGGAGACACCUGGCGGCCGGCACAGGCCCUGCAGUGUAAUGCGGCGCGGUGUGCGCU